UCACAGAGCAACACAAGUGGCCCACACCCAUUCAAGGGAGAGAGAGAAAAAAAACACAUUGCGCAUGGGUCUCCAACUUAACACUCCUGUCAACUUAACAGCAUAACAGUUGCACAAAUUCAUCACGGAAAGGGAGUUGAAGGAAAAGGUAUUGCUUGACUUGGACUUGUAUUGACUGUUCAUCUUGGAGGCACCAACAACAGCAGGUACAAUAAGCCCCUCGGCAUCGGAAGAGGCCUUCAGCCACAUGGAGUUCUGACAACAACUUCUGCACAUAUGACUGAAACAACCUCAGAUGCUUUUUUAGGAGUUCUGACAACAACUUCUGCACAUAUGACUGAAACAAUCUCAGACGCUUCUGUGGGAGUUCUGACAACAACUUCUGCACAUAUGACUGAAACAACCUCAGAUGCUUUUUUAGUGGGAGCCGCCAUCGUAAAAGGUGUAUCCUUUGAAGUCCUUUUCGGAGGAGUCAUUGUGGUGGUACUGGUGGUACUGGUGGUGGUACUGGUGCUGGUACUGUGCCUCAAAUGCAAGCAUAAGGGCACUUACCACACCAACGAGGCCGAGUGGGGUGAUUCUGAUUCUGUCGACACGUAUGGUGUUGCCUCUCAAAGCGAACUAGAGAUUUUGAACGAGGAAGAAUAGAAAGAAGUACACUUAAUUUGAAACAGGACUUUUUCCGAUUCUAAACCGGGGCCAGUUGUCAACUCAAGAUGCCAAAUAUUUUCUACGGAAUUGGUAAUGCCUAUGAUGGUCAUCUAAUUUCAAGGCAACAUUUAUAUGGGGCAUACGACCAUCUCAGCUCUGCAGAUUUUGCCACGAAGAGACAGAAUCGUUAGAUCAAUUAUUUUUGUAUUGCCCAGAUAUACACUAUAUAUACAAAAUUAUGUGGACACCCAUUAGUGAAUUUGGCUAUUUCAGCCACAUUACAGCUUUAUUUCCUUCAUCAAUCAAUAUACAGAAGCACUUUAAUAAACAAUUAAUAGUCAUUACAUGUGACUAACAUCAAGCGUACAAUUAGUACAGUAGUUAAAACAAUAUUAGAUUGUUGAGGUUUCGAAAAGAUGUAAAAACUAGAGAAAUUUUACAAUCCUUUUUGUUUUCGUUUAAAAAAAAUGUUUAUACCCAAAAGAUAGUACCUUGUUUGAAUUUCUAUUAUGAGGGUGUUGAGCGAGCUUAAUGUAUAAUAAUGUAUAAUAAUGUAUAGCAUUGCUGAAUGUAAUAUCUGUUUUCAAUUUUUUUCUAAAUUGACAUCCAGUAGUAAUCUGAGCUUGUAAAAUGAAAUCAAGGCACAGGCAUCUUUCCUAACGCCAAACAGGAUGUUUUUUUUUUUUUUUGGCCUGAAGGUACCAAUAACUGAGAAAAGGAAAUGCUACGGCAAGGACCAUAAGAACACAAAAAAAAUACUUUCAUGAAACUUGACAGACAUUUCACCUAUGACAAUACUGGGAACAAAACAGUCAAAGAAAUGUAAAUUCCCCUUCUAAUUCUCAGGCAAGUCUCUGUAACUAAUAUAUUACCAUGUGAUUAAAGAGAAGCGACCUUG